AUGAGGUUUGUUGAAGAGCUCCAUCGCUACGUUCCGAGUCAGGGUAUCGGCACGCAAAACCACCCAGAUCCGCUCCCUAACAAACGGCAGACGCACACCAAGGAUGAUGAUGAUGUUAUUGCCGCCGACUUUGCAUCAGUAUUAGCCGGAUUGGCGCUGGUGACCGUUUGUUUGGCUGCUCCCCAAAUGCAGCAACGAGGUGGUGGUGGUGGCAAUCGCUGGGGAUUGAGUGAAGGACGGUGGAACCGUGGAUCCCGGCAGGGAAUGUGGGAAACACAGUGGGGAUGGAGUAAUAUGUUGGGAGAGGGUGGUAACCGAGGAAGGCAGGAGCAGAACAUACCUCAGUGGGCUAUCCGAGGGGAAGGAGCAGGAGAAGCAGAAGGAGAAGGUGAUGGGGAAGGUGAGGGAGAAGGAGAGGGAGCAGGGGAUGGAGAAGGUCAAGAAGGCGAGAUGAUGGAUCAAGCUGGAGAAGAAGAAAUGGCUGAGGAAGGUGAAGCAGAGGCAGAAGAAGAAGGACAAGAGCAGUUGGGAUGGGGAUGGAACGGUGAAAAUAAUGGCUUAGAAGAGGAGGGUGAGGGUGAAGAAGCUGAAGGUGGUGAAGAAGAGGGAAGUGAGGAAGGUGCUGAAGGCGAAGCUGAAGGUAAUGAGGCAGAGGGUAUGGAAAAUGAAGGAGAAGGUGCUGAAGAAGCGGCUGCUGAAGAGGGGGCUGAAGGAGAGACUGAAAUGGAGGGUCGAAACGGUGGUCGCCGAGGAGAGCAGCCUAAUCAACAAGAAGGUCGACGAGGACAAGCAGAAGGACGUCGCGAAAACCAACGUCAAAGAGGAAACCGUAAUGGCCAGCAAGAGGGAGGUCAACGACAGCAAGAAGGAGGUCGCCGUGGAGCUCAAGGAGGUCGACGAGAGGGAGGACAGCAAGAAAACCGUCGUGGAAAGAAACAGGGUGCUCGUCAAGAGGGUGGAAAUCAAAGACAAGAGCAGGGCCGUAAAGGUAAUCAGCAAGCAGGCCGUCGUGAGAACCAACAAGAAGAAUCUCGUAGAAAUGGCGGUCGACGUGAAGGUGGCGAACAGCGUCAACAAGAAGGUCGCCAAGGUAAUGCCCAACAGGCUGGAGGACAGAGACAACAGGAAGGUCGUCGAGCAAAUCAGCAAGGAGGUCGUCAAGAAAAUCAACAGGAAGGCCGCCGAGCAAAUCAGCAGGAAGGACGCCGAGGUAAUCAGCAAGAAGGACGCCGACAAAAUGAGCAAGAUGGUCGCCAAGGAAAUCAGCAGGAAGGACGCCGAGGUAAUCAGCAAGAAGGACGUCGAGGAAACCAACAGGGAGGACGCCGAGGAAACCAACAGGAAGGUCGCCGGGCAAAUCAGCAAGAAGAACGUCAAGCCAAUCAACAAGAAGGUCAGCAAGAACAAGCGAUAAGUCUGCGUCAGGGCGAAGGUCGCCGUGGAGGAAAUCAGCAAGGUGAAGCACGUCAAGCGGGAAACAACCAACGCCAACAGGAAGGACAACAAGAGAAUCAGCAGGAAGGUGCAGCUGAACAACGCCAGGAACAACAAAACGGUGAAGGUCGCCAGGAAGCCAAGAAAUCUGAAUCCAAGAAGCCAAAGUACGAGUUUGCCUAUGGAGUUCGUGAUCCCACUACAGGAGACCACAAAGAUCAGUGGGAAAAGCGAAUCGGUGACCACGUCAGAGGAUUCUAUGCUCUCGAUCAACCCAACGGCAAGCGACGAAUUGUCAAGUACGAGGACGACGGCAAAACGGGACUGCGGGCCGUUGUCGUUGAAGUUCCUAAGGCCAAGGCGGGAAAGGAAAAGAGCAAAGGUGUCGCUACCAGUUACAGCAAGUUGAGAAUGGUUCACUAA